AGUGCUACGAGUAUAGCUAGCUGCACGUACGCCGCAGGUUUUCAGUUCAACCUGUGUGCUACAGCUCACUUGUUGCUCCAUCAGCUCCUAGUGGAGCGAGCCCCAACACUGGAUGUGUAUGCGCGAGCGCCUAUAAAACGAGAUGGGUUCUCUGAUGGCUGGCUGGAACUCACCAGUUCUUGGUGAUGAGAAGAAAGUUCGGCUGAUGAGGAACCGCUCGCUGACCAGGGAGGAGGUGGACGCGUUCUGGAGGCGCCAGCAACGGAAGCAGCCACCGUCGUCGUCGACGUCGUCGGAGCCCAACGCCACCACCUCGCCGCUCGCCUCUCCCCGCGCCGCCGCCAACGUCGUCUCGCCGCUCGCAUCACCCCGCGCCGCCGGCGACAUCUCGCCGCUCGCCGCCUCUCCCGGCCGCGCGCAGCAGGAGAUGAGUAGUAGUCGUUGCACGUUGGCGUUGAGGAGGCUGGAGAGGAUGAACUCCAUGCCGUCACCGCUGGCGCGCACCGUCAUGACGAGGGCCGACGAUCACCCGUACCAGUCGUACUCCCACAGCGAGCCGCCGUCGCCGGCGGCUCCUCACGCCGGCGACCAUCGUCAUCAGCGGUCGUCGUUCGCUGCCGAUCAUGACGACGACGACGACGACGUCGCCAGCACCAGCAGCGAGUGCUGGUGGACACGGAGCAGCUGGGCAUUCCUGAACGAGACGCCGUCGCCGGAGCAGCAGAUGUUCGGCAAGUCGCAGACGUACGCCUGCGUUCAGUUCCACGUCUCCCGGGUCGUCACCGGCAACGCCUAGGCCUCAGCUAGUUAUAGCUAGCCACAUGUCAGGGAAUGCAUAUGCAUGUACGUAUGUACGUACGUAUAUACGUUAGUACUUAGGCUGGUUAGCUAGCUAGCUUAGCUUUGCAGCUCUGCAUCGUCCUGAUCCUCUAAGAGAGUAGUGUGUUCUGUAGUAGUGGUUAAGUACGCAUGCAAUUUGUAUGUGUAGAAUAUUACUAUACAAAGAGCAGUAGAGAAGUGUAUAGGAUCGGGCCGGCGUUCGAGAGCUUUUAAUCCUUCAGCUCUCCGUGUAAAUACAGAUACUGCUCAUGUAUAUACUCUCUCUAGUCUCUCCUAUAUAGAUAGUUAAUUGUGUUAA